CCGUGGUGGCGUGUGCGGUGGCGGCCGCGGGAUCAGAGUCGCAGCAAUGGAGCGCGGCAGCACGGGGGGCUUCCUGCCGCCCUUGGCGCACUUCGCCACGCAGGCCAUCCACGCCGGGCAGGAGCCCGAGCAGUGGCGCUCGGCCGCCUUGGUGCCGCCCGUCUCCCUCUCCACCACGUUCAAGCAGCUGGCGCCCGGGCAGCACGGGGGUUAUGACUACAGCCGGAGUGGAAACCCUACCCGGGAUUGCCUGGAGAAGGCUGUGGCAGUCCUAGAUGGAGCUAAAUACUGUUUAGCUUAUGCUUCUGGCUUAGCUGCUACUUUGAAUAUUACUCACCUGUUAAAAGCAGGAGAUACAAUUAUCUGCAUGGAUGAUGUCUAUGGAGGUACUAACAGAUACUUCAGAGAAGUAGCCAUGAAGAUAGGUUUGGAUGUCAGUUUUGUUGAUUGUUCAAAACCAGAAUGCUUGGAAGCUGCAAUUACGCCAAAGACCAAGCUCGUUUGGAUUGAAACACCCACAAACCCCACUCUGAAGGUCAUUGACAUUCGGGCCUGUGCAGAUGUAGUGCAUAAACAUAAAGGUGUUCUUCUAGCGGUAGACAACACUUUUAUGUCUGCAUAUUUCCAGCGUCCUUUGUCUCUGGGGGCUGAUAUCUGUAUGUAUUCUGCGACCAAGUACAUGAAUGGGCAUAGUGAUGUUAUAAUGGGACUUGUUUCAGUAAACUGUGAUGACCUCUACAAAAGGCUCAAAUUCUUACAAAACUCUCUUGGAGCUAUUCCAUCUCCCUUUGACUGUUACCUGUGCAAUCGUGGUUUGAAGACACUGCAAAUCCGGAUGAAACAACAUUUCCACAAUGCAUUAGCUGUUGCCCGGUUUCUUGAGUCUGAUUCCCGGGUGGAGAAAGUAAUUUUCCCAGGUUUGCCUUCACACCCGCAGCAUGAGCUGGUCAAGCGACAGUGCAGUGGUUGUCCUGGGAUGGUAUCCUUUUACAUUAAAGGAAAGCUUGAGCAUGCUGCUGCCUUUCUCAAGAAUUUAAAGGUGUUUACACUGGCUGAGAGCCUGGGUGGAUAUGAAAGCCUAGCAGAGCAUCCGGCCAUCAUGACUCACGCUUCAGUGCCUAAGAAAGAUAGAGACGCUCUUGGAAUCAGUGAUACAUUAAUUCGCCUGUCAGUUGGUUUGGAAGAUGAAGAAGAUUUGCUGGAAGAUCUAGAUCAAGCUCUGAAAGCUGCGUUUGCAGACCGUAAACCUUGACGUGUAAGACUGGAACUUGGAACUGAAUGGUGAAAUGGCUAAAGAAGAUAACACGAAAAACUGAAUCUCUAAUGAUUUUCCUUUAAUUUGCCUUCACGAAUUGAAAUCUGCUCAGUCCGACACUGGGAGUUCUCACUUUGUGCUGCUAGGUUUAUUCUGCUGAUUUCUGUAUAUGGACUGUCCACUGUGGUACACAGCCUGGUCUCUCCUGGGGGGGCACUUCUGUUUUGUUGGAAUCCUUUGGCUUUGGAAUUUGUGGAAUCACUAAGUUGUGUUCAAGAACAGCCAUGAUGCGCACUCAGGAAUCUGAUCUGGGUUCUGUCAGUGGAGAUCAGUGUUUCCCAUUUGUCAUGGUAGUGGUGCAGGGUGUUAGAUCAGAAGGGCUGGUAUCUGUUCCUGCUCUUCAGAACGCACAGUUAAUUUUCCCUUCACCUCUAAUCCAACAGUCCAACUUAAAACCUGUAGAUUUAGCUUUGAUUUUCUUUUAAUUAGAUUGGAAAUGUGGUGAAAUGCUUUUCACCUGUUAAUAUUUAUGGAGUAUUAAAAAUGAAGCAAAACCCAAUAUCUGGUAAGCAGUAGUAACUUUCUAAAGAGGAUUCUUUCCCUUUUUAGAAAAAUCAUGUAAUGUUAAUUGUGCUAAUGAUUUCAUUUACAUUGGGAACUAGAAUAAUUUUAAUUAAAAUAUGCUUUGGAUUUC